UAUAUUGGUUGCGUUAAGGUGCUUAUACACAGGGCUAUUAGUAACGUAUAUUGGUUGCGUUUACUUGGUGAGGUUACUAAAAUUUGUGAAGGUUGACGUGUUCAGAGGCAACUAGCUGGUGCAGGCAACGGAAGUUGUUCUAGUGGGCUCAGUAGCUACUCUGCUUUCGGACUGUGCACAACUGCGUUGCUCUCGACUCUCGUCUUGAUUGUGCUAUAAGUGACUUUAGUCAUCCGAGCAUGUCCUGUUCAAACGACAGCUCUAAUAAGAACGUGAAGUGGAGUCCGGACGAUAUUGUAUUGUUUUUGGAGACGUUCCAUAAGUAUGAGUUGCUUUGGAAUAUACGCCAUGAGGACUAUUCUAACAAAACCAAGAGAGAGACUAAUCUUUUGAAACUAAAAGAAGACCUUAUUUGUCAAGGUUUGGUUGUACCUGAUAUUACAUUUUUAAGGGCUAGAAUUAGAAAUAUACGAUUAACGUACAAAAAUGAAUUGACGAAGGUGAUCUCUUCGAAAGCAAGCGGAGCUGGUACAGACGACGUUUACACGCCCAAACUACUUUGGUUUAAAACGGCUGAUUCUUUUCUGAACGACGUUGUCGUCACGCGACAAUCGCAAUCUAAUCUGAAAUGCGGCCCUGAAGAAGCUGAUGACGGAAUUCAACCAGAAGCUGAUACCCUAGAAGAUCAACAAGGCGAAGUUAACGAAUGUCUGCAUGAUGAUGGCCCUCCGUUCAACAGUACAGAAAAUGAAGCAGGAACGUCAGCGCCAAAGCACCAAUUUGCGACGCCAGCGGCCAAGAAGAGAAGAAUUACAAAAUUUUCGAAAGUUGAGAAGGCCAUCGACAAACUACAGAAUAUUGCUUCGACAUGUAAACCUUCGUCUUCAAACCAAACAUUGGAUCAAUACGAAGCAUUUGCUCAUCAUAUUUCUCUUCAAUUGAGGCAACUUCCUUUCAGAAGCUUCGUAAUGUUGCAGGAACAGAUUCAGAGCCUUAUCAGCAAAGAAAUGCUGAAAAACCUGUUACAGUCACCUGUCAAUAUUAUUUCAACAUCACCACUCGGAAGUACAUCGUCGUACCAGUCAAGUGAAGAGGAAUGCCCUAACAACAUGGAUUCCAAUGUCUUGACAAUCGAUGACAUCAUUGAUUUUCAGUAGCUUAUCAAUAAUUAGUAAUUGAAUUGAGAUUGUUAGGUAAAGGAAUCGUCCCGGUUGUAUGAAAUUUUGUCUAAAAUAUAAUAUUAGACCAAAAAUUA